AUGCGCCGAUCACGUCUCGUGCUCGUCUGUUGCGCUUUUCAGCUGUUAUUUCUUAUCGCUGCUGGCUGCCGUGCAUACCUUGUAGAGCUUUCUGAGGCGUCCCCCGAGUGCUUUUACGAGGACGUAUUGGAAGGCGACUCACUUGUGGGUAGCUUUCUGGUCACUACGAGCGAUAAGAAACCCGUCUCUGUUCGCGUGAUAUCACAUAGAGGGGUUCCGCUUUUCGAGACCUCAGAGCCGGAAGGAAGAUUCGAUAUCAGAGUAGCGGAGGCGGGAACGUAUGCAUUCUGCCUGAGCAGGAUCGAAGAAAGCUCAGCUAGUGUGGUUCUGUUGCGAUUUGAAUGGCAGUCCGUCUUCAGCGGUCUCGGGGAGCGCACGAAUUCCGAGAGAUCUCUGAAAGAACUGGAAGCUGCAGCGAAACAAGAGCACCUCGAACACAUGAUGAAUGAAAUUCAGAGCUUGUACCGAGCCGUCCUGCACAUUCGCAGCAAACAAAGCCUCUCGUGGUGGUUGCGUCAGCAGGAUUUGAGUAUUCAGAGAAGGGCCGCGCGUCAUCUGCUCUACGCUGCACUGCUGAAAUUGCUUGUCUUGGUCAUCACAACGCUGGAAGCGACCCGAUCCAUGCGCCAUCGUCUCGAUGCAGGGGGCUCCCGACUCCAGAUACGAGGUGUAUGA